UAAAUGCGAACAAAGUUGGGUUUAACAAGUCAAAACGUUUGCAAGAACUUUCCCGUGAAGCUUUCAUUCUACAUUGAUGACAUUGUAGUUUAUGCUUUCAUGUUGUGAAAACUAUUUUUUUUUAAUCAUUGUUAUUUCUGUUGCGUUAUCUGUAUAAGCAACUAGCCAAUUAUACACGUUUUAAGUGUUAAACGAUGUGUUUCUUAAAUUGACGUACGGUCUAUCUAGUUUAUCAUGCCCUCCAAAUAAAACUAGCUUAAUUAUAGUUAAUUAAUCAUGCUUGACAUUGACAUACCGAAACACAACUUCCACUAGGUUAAACAAAACGCAUAUCAACCAAUAAUUCAGGAUUUAAGUGCCAUGUAGAUCCAAACUAAAGUUAGGUAUAAAACCUUAAAUUAACAUAUAGUUGUUUAGACUCCUAAGAACACAAUAGCAUAUACCAUAAAGAUAGAAACUCUUAGCUAAUCAUGUUUCAUAAAGCUCUCUUCACUAGGGAAAAUAGAGAUGCGUGAAAAUACAUUAACAAACAAAACAAUCAGGGAUACUAAUCAAAUGGUUCUGAAAAUUCGAAAAUGUAUUAAUUUCAGGUUACUUGUCCAUCCUAAAUUAUGUUUUUCUAUAAAACUGAGAUAUUGCAAUGCAGUAGGUUUGAGGUUUAAAUGCAGUAUCAGGCACCUCAUAAGAGAAAAAUCCAAACGUAAAUGAGAUAAACUUUCAACAUGCAAUAUGUUCUUCAUAUAGUAUAAGCAAAGAAUCAAAGCAGUUCUGCAGAAAGUUAAUAGAAUUACACUAAAAAUGGUAAACAAGUGGAAUACACGCGCCAAAGUAUGCGUCGGUCGAAUCUAAUGAUCUUAACUCUCAACUGAGAAACAAAAAUAUAAAAGAAUCUUCGGAUGUCUCUUGCCUCAAAAUCAAGAACUCUCUCUCUCCUCAUUCAUCGUCACUUGUCAAAUUGCGUCAUCUCUCGAUGUUCAUCUUCAUCUUCAACUAAAGAGAUAAUCUCAUUUGAAUAACUUGCCAUUUAUAGCCGGAGACUUUCUAUUUUGAGUGUUUUGAGUAUGAGAGAUGAAGAAGAAGAGCUUCCGUCGCCGGAGGAGCUCAUACCAUUAUCUCAGUCACUAAUCACUCCCCAUCUCGCCCUCGCCUUCGAUCUCAGAAGCACUCACCACCGCAACAACGGAAACUCCGGCCACCGUCUGCCUCAAACCACGCCGCCGCAAGCCAACUCAUCCGCCGGAGACGAACCAGCUCGGACACUGAAACGGCAGCGUUUAGUAUGGACGCCGCAGCUGCACAAGCGUUUCGUAGACGCUGUGGCGCAUAUCGGGAUCAAGAACGCUGUUCCCAAAACCAUCAUGCAGCUCAUGAGCGUCGAGGGGUUAACCAGAGAGAAUGUCGCUAGUCAUCUCCAAAAGUACCGACUUUACCUCAAGAGGAUGCAGUCCGGCGGAGGAGGAAGAGGAGGUAACGUCGGUGAGUCUGAUCAUCUCUUCGCGAGCUCGCCUGUUCCUGCGCACUUCUUACAGCAGACAGGGAGACAAAGCUCCGACCAUUUCAUACCGUCUUUUGUCCCAUUGGCGGAGACUCUUCAGCAUCAGCAUCACCAGCAACCGUCUCAGCUCCUCCACCGACCAAUAUCCGCCGUGAAGAUGGAUCAGUCGUUGUUCUUGGCUAGGCAGAGUCAGCAGCAACCUGUUGCUAUCGUCAGACCAUCUUCGUUGCAUCUGCACAGUCAAGUGGCUAACUACGCAAAUGAUUUGGAACCAGGAGCCAAGACGGUCUUGACACUGUUUCCAACUCGACAAGAUUGAAUUAAAAAAAAAACAAUUAUAAGAUUGGAACAUUCCACAAAAUUAUAGUUCAACCUUUGUUUGUCUCUGUUUGUGCAAUGUAGAUCCGGUCAGUACAACAAGGCUAUGUGACUGGAUAUGUAUUUUCUGUUUCAAAGUAUCUUUCAUGUAUAAGAUUUGGGUUUGGAUGAAAAGUUUCACUUGUUUAGACUUGAUUAUACAAAAGUACUUUACUCUGUUUCUUUCUUUUGUUUGUGUGUUUUUGCUUAUGGGUUUAGAUUUGUCUCCUAAAAGUUGUUUGCAGCUGUGAACCGAAUAUUUCAUAAAAGAAAUUGCACUCUCUUUCUUCUUGUGAAAUUCAAGAAUAUGAUACUAACCAAAUUCAUAUUGUAUGUUUGCAUAGCAAACCAAAAAAUGUAUCUAAUAUAUAAAUAUAUAUUGAUUGACCAAACCAUUGAUUGAAUCAUAGUACAUUGUACAUAGAACAUGAAGCAGCCAAAAAGCAAAGACUAGACAGUGCCAGCCAGGCAUAAUCUGAACCCCAAGAUCCGGUGCUCUCAUAUCCUUAAUCAUACCCUCUUUAUUUUAGUUACUUUUUAAUUUCUGUACAUAGAAUCGGUUAUGAGACCAAACUCAAUCAAGAUUUGUCUAUUAAUUAUGUAUUAUAUAAUUAUAUGACAAAGGAAAACUAUAGGUUAUUCAUUGGAUAGGAGGGGAUCAAUUAAAAGCAAUGAUGGUGUAUUCAUUAGCUGGCAUGUUCUGAUCUGCAUGCCCCCUAUCAAAGUCUUCAUAAUUAUUACUUAUUAUUUUUGGUAGAAAAAGUUAAAUGGCAUAAUAACAAACACAUUUUUAAUUAUUAACAAAUCUAUAAAUAGUUGAAUAAAAUUUUAGGUCUUAGAUUCCCUUGGUAGAUUUAAUUUGAAUAGAUGAAGCAGAGCAAACUGCCACUUAGAAAUGAAAGCUUUCAGAUGGGAUUUUGAUGCAAAAGCUUUGAUAAUAUUAAAUAUAAUUUGUAACAACAGAGUAAAAAUGUCUUGUGCGGCCAAUGUUUUCAACAAGAGCAGGAAAAAAAAAAACUAAGACUACAUCCUAAUAUAAAAGCA